CGCCUGGCGGGGGGGGCGUUCCUUUGUCAGGAUGCUCUGAGGAGGAGGAACUCGCCGCUGCCUGACGCUCGCUGGGGGACCCCCCCGGGAAUUUUUAGCUUGGAAAAGGCUCCCGACUUCUAUCUGAGCCAGGAUGAGUAUGGCAGCCAGCCCGGAGCCCCUGCCCUCGCCCCCCACCCAUGGGUCCCGUUACCUGGGGUGCUUGGCUGAGGAUGACCCCGAGUACCUGCGGGCGCGGAACAUGGCAGCCGACCUGCGGCAGGACUUCAACAUGAUGGAGCAGAAGAAGCGGGUCACCAUGAUCCUCCAGAGCCCGUCUUUCAGGGAGGAGCUGGAGAGUCUCAUCCAGGAGCAGAUGAAGAAAGGGAACAAUUCAUCCCACAUCUGGGCUCUGCGGCAGAUCGCUGACUUCAUGGCCACCACGUCCCCCGCUGUGUUCCCCACCUCCCCCAUGGGGCUGGUGGCUGUCACCCCCAUCAAUGACCUGCACGGCCCCGAGGUGCCCACGCUCGCCAAGGGGGAGCGGCUGAUGCGCUGCAAGGUGGGCAGCAUCCACCGCCUGCUCGACCUCUAUGGCUGGGCCCAGCUGGGACACGCGGCCGUCACCCUGCGGGUCAGCAAGGAGCAGGAGCAUUUCUUGGUGGCCCCACAGGGGCUGGCGUGCAGCGAGGUGACAGCGGCCAGUCUGAUCAAGGUGAACGUGCUGGGGGCUGUGGUGGAGCAGGGCAGCACCGGCUUCACCCCCGAUGCCCGCAGCUUCAGCCUCCACGCUGCCAUCUACGCCGCCCGUCCCGACGCCCGCUGCAUCAUCCGCCUGCACACGCCGGCCACCGCCGCCGUGUCGGCCAUGCGCUGUGGCCUCCUGCCCAUCUCCCGCGCUGCCCUGCUGCUGGGGGACGUUGCCUACUUUGAUUUCCAUGGGGAGGUGGAGGAUGAAGCUGAUCGGGUCGAGCUCCAAAAAUCCCUCGGUCCCACCUGCAAGAUCCUGGUGCUGCGCAACCAUGGGGUGCUGGCGCUGGGUGACACCGCCGAGGAGGCUUUCUACAGCAUCUUCCAUCUGCAGGCGGCCUGCGAGAUCCAGGUGUCGGCGCUGGCGAGUGCAGGUGGUGUGGAGAACCUGAUUGUGCUUGAGCGCACCAAGCAUCGGCCCCACGAGGUGGGCUCUGUGCGCUGGGCCGGCAGCACGUUUGGGCCCAUGCAGAAGAGCCGCUUGGGCGAACACGAAUUUGAAGCCCUGAUGAGGAUGCUGGACAACCUGGGCUACCGCACAGGCUACACCUACCGCUACCCCUUCGUGCAGGAGAAGAGCAAACCCAAAAGCGACGUGCUGAUCCCUGCCACGGUGACAGCUUUCGUCUUCGAGGAGGAGGCUGCCCCCGUUCCGGCGCUGCGGCAGCAUGCCCAGAAGCAGCAGAAAGAGAAGACACGGUGGCUCAACACCCCCAACACCUACACAAGGGUCAAUGUGGCUGAGGAGCAGCAGGGCAGCGCUGGCAGCCAGAAGACAAAGACAAUGUGGCUGAAAGCGGAUGAGGUGGAAAAAAGCAGCAGCGGGACUGCCAUCCGAAUCGAGAACCCCAACCAGUUUGUGCCCCUCUACACGGACCCGCAAGAGGUGCUGGAGAUGAGGAACAAGAUCCGGGAGCAAAACCGCCAGGACGUGAAGUCGGCCGGGCCACAGUCGCAGCUGCUGGCCAGCGUGAUUGCCGAGACCAGCCGCAGCCCCUCCACAGAGAGCCAUUUGGGGGAUGCAGAGGCCAAAGAGGCAUCCCGGGAGGAGGCACCCCCUGAGCCGGAGCCGCCGAACCCCUUCAGCCAGCUCACUGACCAGGAGCUGGAGGAGUACAAGCAGGAGGUGGAGAGGAAAAAGCUAGGGCUUCAGGGUGAGAAAGACGCCACGGCAGAGGAGAGCCAGGCUCCCCCCGCCAAAUCACCCCCCGCUUCCCCACCGGCAGAGAGCCCAGCCGUGCCACCUGCAGAGCCCUCGGAGGGUGACAAGAAGGUGGAUGGCAGCCAAGCAUCAGCUGAUUCCACCGCCCAGAAAGAGUCACCAGCGGUGGUGAAUGGGAAGGAUGAGGAGCAAAGCACUGAGGAGAGCAAAGGAGGCGGCCGGACAACCUCCCCUGCCAAUGCCGACACAGAUGCCCCCAAGGAGAAGGAGACAGUGACCAGCAGCCCUGUCUCCCCUGAAGGUUCACCCUCCAAAUCACCUUCUAAGAAGAAGAAGAAAUUCCGAACACCGUCUUUCCUGAAAAAAGGCAAAAAGAAGGAAAAGAUUGAAUCUUGAGUCUCCUUGGAGGCCGCCCACCAACCUCUCCGGAUGGAGGCGCUGAGGCGGAGGGACAGCUUCUGUUAUGCACCUGGCCAAGGCGCAGCCAAAAACCCCGGAGAUGAGUUGUUUUCUGGGUAUUCCUGGCACGAGGCACCUCGUCCCUUGUUACUCGCUUUUGGAGGUGGUCACCGAGCUUAUGAAAAGAUUGUGGCCCCUGUUUGCCGCUUGGGGAAAUACCUGCUGUGCUCUCCGUCCUUCCACUUCUCCCUCCCGGGCACCAGCUCCUUCCCACACGUGGGCCGAGGUUGUUUCUCUUCCCCUGCCCACUGCUUGCAGAGCCCUCAUGGGGCACAGCCCAGAACCGCUUGGUUUGAGGAAGAAAAGGGUGUUUUGUUGUGCUUUGUUUAUUUUUUUUACCUUCUGUUUCAAGCUCCACUGGAAUGGCACUAGCUUCACCCCCAGGCAAAACUGUUCACCCACUUCGCCUGGAGAAUCAGGUCAAGUUGAACGAGAGGAGAUUGCUGUCCCUGAAGGAGAGGCCAAGGCAGUGAGGCCUGCGACCCUUUCCUUCCUGGAACAUAAUCUUCUUUCCCUGGGCCAGAGAGCCACUCUCAGUCCCCUUCUCCUGGUGCCACCACCUCACAUUUGCUGUACGAUGAAGAGCAGCAGGAUUCCGUGCUGCCGGGAAAGCCCCUGCCAUACCACACAAACCGCACCUGAGAAGGGAGAAGAAAAGAGCUUCUGGGAAGUGUCUGUGUUAUUUAAAACUGAGCAAAACUUCACUCACUAAGUGCUACUUCGGGAUGAACACACGCUGCCGAUUCACUUCAGACAGAGGCACUGCUGCCACCGCCACCCCCAUCCCCACUGCCACGGCAACACCUGCACCCGAGGCUGUGCCAGGCCCCUGCUCGCACCGGCCCCACGCUCCCUGACCGUCUGUCCACGCCGCUGAGGCUGGAUCCUUGCUUUUCCCCAGCUCUGGACUCCGGAGCACAACUUAAAAUCCUCUCUGGUGUUUCCUUCCGUUCCACCCAGCCUCACCUCCCUGCCUCCAGCGCUCCAUACAGUGAUGCGACCAUCGUUAUAACCUCCCGGCCCUGCCCAAAGGGAAGAAUCUCAAAAAUCAGCGAUGCCAAAAAUGUCAGCUUGCCCAGCAGCCACUCCAAGACUGAUAUUUAGGGGACAAAACCAACCAGAUCCUCCCCAUCCUUCCACAAGCCAAAGGGAUUUGCCUUCUUGGGGUGCUCACCACAAUCCUGCAUGGGGUUUCAUCACCUCAGUAUGAUUUUCCCCAAUGCACCACCCUGUUUCCAAAGCCUUUUUCCUGCGAGGCAGCUCUCAGCUUUUGUUUUCCCCUCUUGGAAAAGCAGGAAGCAGGUGGGUCCAUCAGCAAUCUUGGGGGCAGUGAGGACACGGGGUGGAGCAGGGCCAGUGCAGGGGCUGUGGGUCAAAGAGAGGAGGUUUGUCGGUGCAGGCUGGUUUCUUUCACAGAGCUGUGA